AUGUAUGCCAGGACAUUCACAGGCGUGGAUCUAGGAAUUGAAGUUAGAGGGGCGCCAAAAGAAGGCAAGGGGUCUGGAGGCCGCCUUGAGGCUCCCAAUUCUGGAUUUAUGACGUCAUUGUCAUUAUUUGAAAUCAGUAUAAAUAAGUCCCAAAGAACAUUCCUCUUUAUCUUCGAAGUCAGAGACAUCAUCAAAAUCAUGAUCAAGUUCCGGUACCUCUUUGUUCUCCUCCUGAUUUGUCUCAUAACAAUUGACCAUACAGAAUCAAGUGCCAGAGGAGGCAGACGAGGCAGACCACGCAGACCAGACAGACGAAGACCAAACACACCACGCCCGCCUCAGCGGCCCCGACCAACACUGAGACCACGAUUAACAGUGAGACCUGGAUCAAUUGAGAGACUUAGAGUUAUCUUAAAUCAGGCAAAAAGAGCGGGAAAUGUAGGAGCCAAUGCUAUCACACUCAUAGAUAUGGGAUUAACAGUGCUUGAUGUUAUUGAAAGAUUUGAAGGGACUUCGAAGAGGUCAACAGAGAACGUAGUUCCUGGAAUAGAUAUUUGUAACUUCAACUUGCUUGAUUUGAAUGAUGACAACAGCGUUACCAAAGAAGAACUGGAUAUUCUGAUUCAAAGCACAGGGCGAGUGGAAUUGGAAGAACUCUACGAGAAGCUAGACCAGGAUAAUGACGGUAUAGUAACACAGGAGGAGUACAUGAAGUUGUAUGAAGAUGUCUGCAGUGGGGAUUUGGAAGGAGCAAAUACCCUACAAAAGGACGAAUAAGAAAUCAAGGAAGAAGAUCAGCUGAAGGACACAAAUAAGAAAAUUAUUGGAAGAUUUUCAAAGUUUAAGUUUUUGCUUAAAUGAAAUAUAUUCUCCAGAAUAGAUUAAGAACAU